UUGUGUAUAUAAAGUAGUGUGUCUGUGUGUGUGGUUGGAGAACAACACUUCCAAAUAAAACGAGGAUUGGAUUCGGGGUGUGGGGGGGAAUUCACUUGCUGAAAAAAAAGGGCAAAAAUACUGAGAAUCAUGUGCACAACUGAAGUGAGAGAGAGAGUGGAGCAGGUGAGAGAGAGUGGAGCAAGUGAGAGAGAGUGGAGUAAGUGAGAGAGAGUGGAGCAAGUGAGAGAGAGUGGAGCAAGUGAGAGAGAGAGAGAGCGAGGGGGAGCGAGCGAGAGAGAGAGAGAGAGAGCGACCGAGAGAGACCGAGAGAGACAGAGUGUGAGAGUCGCUCCUGCCCUCUGUCUUUACACACUGCUGCCUGUGUGUGCGUCGUCUCUCCUUGCCUGCACACUCUCACACACACACACUCACGCAGACGCACGCUCACACAGACCGAGGGAGAGAGCGGAUAGAGCGAGCAAGAGAGAGAGGAGGGAGAACACAUCGCAGCAGAGAUGCAGCAGGAGGUUUUCCGAGGUUUUGGGGGCCGGUCAUGGUGUCCUGGCUGGAGGUGUUGGACCCCCUCCACGCAGGCCCCUUCUUGCUACGCCUGAACGAGCAGCGCCUGCCCGCCGGGCCCACCCUCUUUUGUGACGUCAACCUCAUCGCCACCAGCAACGCCAAGUUGGCCGCCUGCUGCCAGUACUUCCGCCAGCUGCUGCUGUCGACGUCUUCCCCACCGCCUACGACUCCUGUAUUAGCCAACCGCCACCCGCCAUCUACCCCCUCUUCCGGGCUCAUCCAGGGGGCUGGGCUGGACCUGCCUAACCUCCAGUCCAGUGUGCUGUCCAACCUGCUCAACUUCAUCUACUCCUCCCGUGUUGCCCGCCAGGGCUCCAAGGGUAACAGGCGUCUGUCGGAGGCGGGCCUCAGACUUAGGGUGCCCAUCUUGACCAAUCUGGUGGAGGAAGAAGAGGAGGCGGAACCAGGGCAGAUGAAGGGUAAAAGCAGGCAGUGCCGAGGAGGGGAGGCCAUGAUGGAGGGGCUGAUGAAUGAUGAGGCAGACGGCCCCGAGAACGCUAAGAUCACCCUCAGCUUCCCCCUCAGCGCCGCCCUGCCCGCCGCCCUCACUGUUCACAACCACCGCCCCUCCUCAGCCACAUCCUACCCCCGCCGCCGACACCCCUCCUCGGCCUCCAAGGUGUCCAACGAGGGGUCAGCGUGGAAACUAGAUGCCACCACCACAGACAAACGGCGGCCCUUUAACCCGCCCCAGCGGGACAGCUCCCCGUCCUCUUCCUCCGCCUCCUCUUCCCCUUCCUCCUCUUCCUCUCCUAUGGAUCUUACCGCACUGGUCAAAAAGGACAUCAAAUCCCCCCCACCUCUUUUCAAAGCCGGUCUGGACUCCCAGUUCCACAGGUUCCCCCCCAGGUCCUCCAAUGGGCCUAUAGGUGGUUACCCAGGGGAGGGUCACAGACUGACCAAUGGCACGGCCUCACCCUCAAAGACUGCACAGAUCCUGUUCAACCUGAGCACCGUGGCCUAUCGGGGCCAGGGGGGCCGGGGCACAGACAGAAAGGAGAAAACAGGGAAAAAAGGAGGGAGGGCGGGCAGCCCCCAAGUUGGAACAAACCAACGCCCGCCCAACCUCCACCUUUCUCCUCCUCUUCCUCACCCCUCUGAGUCUUUCACUCUUCCUCCUCACUCCUCCUCCACCCCCCCAGAUGGCCCCAAGCCGGAGCUGAUAUGUGGGGUGUGCCACCGCCUCUUCAGCUCCGCCUUGUCUCUCACGGCCCACAUGCGGCUGCACCGUGGUGGUCGGGCCCUCAGCUGCCAGUACUGUGGCAAAGCCUUCAUCCACAACAAGAGACUGCAGUCCCACGAGGCCUCCUGCACGCACGCUCUGAACCCGGCCCUCCCAUCUAGCAUCCCCCUUCUCCCCAUCCUGGCCAAAGAGGAGCCCCUGGAGGAAGGGGAGGUUAGGGUGGAGGGAGGACAGAUUGUGGGGGCAAGUGAAGAGGAUAUGAAGCCUGGCAAAGGGAAAAAAGGGCGAGGUCUCCUGGUUCGGCAUGAAGGUGACGUGUCAGAGCUGGUGGGGGACGAGGACCACUUCGUCAAGGUGGUGGACGGCCACGUCAUCUACUUCUGCUCGGUGUGCGAGCGCUCCUACAUGACCCUGUCCAGCCUCAAGCGUCACUCCAACGUGCACUCGUGGCGCCGCAAGUACCCCUGCCACUUCUGCGACAAGGUGUUCGCCCUGGCCGAGUAUCGCACCAAGCACGAGGUGUGGCACACGGGCGAGCGACGCUACCAGUGCAUCUUCUGCUGGGAGGCCUUCGCAACGUACUACAACCUGAAGACCCACCAGAAGGCUUUCCACGGCAUCAGCCCGGGCCUCAUCUCCAGCGAAAAGACAGUCAACGGCGGUUACAAGCAGAAGGUCAACGCCCUCAAGUUCUACCGCCUGCUCCCCAUGCGCUCCCAGAAGAGACCCUACAAGACCUACAGUGACUCCCUGGCCAACAGCCUGCUGCUGCCCCCGUCUGACCCCUCUGCCGUCCCCUUGCCUCAGCCCCUGGACUGCAGCCUGCCCGGCUCCCUGGACCUUCACAGCCUCAUCAGUUGCUCUCUACCUAAGGGUGUGAAGCCUGACCCUGACGAGUUCCCUGCCGGCUUCCCCCUCUCAGUGGGUCUAGAGCAGGGAGAGAUCCGGCCCCCCUCCCUAACAGGUAUGGCCUUAGGGAGAGUAGCUGACAGAGAGGCAGAGUCAGAGCAGGUAGAUAGCUGUGGCAGCAGCUCCAAGGCAUCCGUUCGUAACAAAGUCAAAACUCCAAAGGUCAGCGGUAGCCCAGAGUUGGGUUUGUCCUCUGUCAUCACAUACGGCCACUCCAAGCCCUCCGUCAUAGUGCAUGGCACAGCGGCGCCAUCCGUCAUUGUCCAUAGCAACCAGGUCACCUCUGGGGCCGGGAAAAGCCCCCUGAGCAGCCCCUCCCCUGAAGCUAGCAACAGCCAGACACUCCCCAAGGUCAGUGCAAAGCCUGUUAAAAUUCACAGGGAAAGUACGGAGAGCCAUAGGAAGAGAGCUAAAUUAGUGGACAGUUCAGAUGCCACAGAGGAGGGGGACAGGAGAUCAGAAACAGGUAGGUCCCAUCAUAAGUCCCGCAAGGGGCACAGCAAGAGUGACAGCUCCUCAGCCAAACAGUCGUCCACAGGGUCAGAGGGCAAAGGGGCCGGGCCACUGUGCCAGAUCACUGUGCGGAUAGGUGAGGAGGCCAUGGUCAAACGCAGCAUCUCCGAGACGGACCUCAAGAGGGACAGGAGCCCCCCUCCUUCCAGAGCCAAAAGGACGGACUCCUCCCCACAUGACUCCAAGGAACCUCGCCACUCCCACCACCACCACCACAAACACCGCUCCCAUCGCAACUCUAGCGUCGAAGCUGAGGGGGAGAGAGGAGGAGAUGGGGAGAGAGAGAAUGGAGAGGGGGACAGCCGGAAGAAAAGCCCCAAAGCCACGGGCAAGGUCAGAGAGUACUACUUCCGCCAGGAGGUGCGCAAGCAGGGGGAGAGUGAGGACGAUGAGGACAACCUCUGGAGGCCCUACUACUCAUACAAGCCCAAGAGGAAGGCCCCUCAUGCCCACAAAACAAAGAACUGGCAACGCAAAUUCCACUACAAACGCUCCCUCCGGCUAAUGAGGAGGGCAGAGAGACUCAUGGACCAUGUGAAUAAGGAUGACCAAGAGGAGGAGGAUGGAAAGAUGGAUGAGGUGGAGCAGGAAGUGGGGGAGGUGAAAGAUCACAUGGAGCAGGAGGAGGGAGAGGCACCUGAAUCGUUCAGUACUUCCUCUAUACCUUCAAAAGAGAAGGACAAAAAGGGGGAGGAAGAAAUCGGGGAAGCCCACCUUAAGCCCGCUGAUCCCCCCCUGGUCUCUCCCCAGCCCCCAUUGUCUACCUCAGUCCCCCCUAUGGACACAAAAUGCCGGCCCUGGUCCGAUGGGAGUGCGUCGGAGUGCGAUACGUGCGGCCGCUGGUUCUCCAGUUCCAGGAAGCGGGAUAAACACGAGCUUAGCCACCUGCUGGAGUUUGUGUGCCUCCUCUGUAGGGCCCCCUUCCCUUCCAGGGACCAACUAGAGGACCACCAGAGAGCCCAGCACCCCAAAGCUCCCAACCCCUCGUCUGUGCCAUCCCGAACGGGGUGUCAAUCACGAGAUGAGGGCAUGGAGACAGAGACUGAGUUAACAGAGGUAGACAGGGCGAGAGAGAGGGUUAUACUAGGGAAGGGAAGUCCAAGUCGCCUAAGCAGGAGGUCGUUGGCGAGACACACCUGUCCGCAGUGCCAUAAGGUGUGCAAGACAUCCUCAGCGUUAAACCGCCACGUGAGGCGCCACGAGUUAAGCAGCUCCCCAGAGAGAGAAAAGGAGGAGACGCAGACAGAGUCAAAAACAGCAGCAGCAGCAGAGACAACUGUUAGCACUGUUAGCAAAGACGUAGAUACCACGAGUGACCAUGUUCCCGUUUUUCACUCUGUCCCAGUUAUCAGCUACCCUAUCCCAGAGACACAGCAUAGUAGCGAGGCCAUAGAGCCGCUGCAGUGCGCGAGCCAGCCUAGCGAGGUGAAAGCAGAGCACCAAACUCCAACACUGUGCAGCGGCCCUGAACUCAAAGAACUUAAUGAACUCACAACUCCCAUUCCUGACAGAGAGCCCAGUCCUCAGAUUAUUCAGUCCCCUCCAGAGAUCCCCACAGCCGACCGGCCGACACCAUCUCCCUCCCUCUGCUGCUCCUCGGCCCUCCAGGGUGUGCUGGUCAUGAGCAGCGGCGCUGAAUGUCUGGACUACCGGACCCCCAGGAAGAGGAGUCUGGAGGGGCAGAACCACAGGAGGACCAGCCCUGCACCUGUCACUUCUCCAAAUAUGCCCCCGACCUUGCAGAUGAGAAUCAGCCAUACUGCUGCUCCUCUGUCCGUUGCCAUGACAACAGUUCCCCUCCAAGGGGUCUGUGGUGUGAAGCAGGAGGGGGAUAUUGUGGGAAAAGGACUGAGGGAGGGAUGUGGGAUGGGCCUCCUCCAUCAUGCUGGUUUUAAGAACUCACCAGUGGCCCAAGAUCUCAGGGUCCCACCCAUGUCCAGGAGCCCCAGUCCCAACCAAGCACAAGACCUGACCAUGUCCUCGAUUCUAGCCAGGGAGAGGGAGGUGGAGAGGGAAAGGCAGAGAGAAUGGGAGAGGGAGAUGAAGAGAGAGCUGGAAAGGGAACAGGAUAUGGAGAGAGAGUUGGAAAGGGGGAGGCAGAGGGAAAGGGAUAUGGACAGAGAGCUAGAAAGGAGGAAGCAGAGGGAGAGGGAUAUGGACAGAGAGCUGGGAAGGAGGAAGCAGAGGGAGAGGGAGAUGGACAGAGAGCUGGGAAGGGAGAGGGAGAGAGAAAUGGAGAUGGAGAGGGCUCAGCAGUCAAGGGGAGCAUCAUUACAGGAGCAGCCCAGAGACAUGGAGGGGACCCUCCUGGUACCCAAAGAGGAGCCGAUUAGUCCCGCACCGUCCCCGAUACACACACCCAUUCAAACUACUAUUAACAGCCCACCCUUGCAGAGGCGGCCCUCCAAGUCUCCCCGCCGCUUCCCCACUGCCAUGGACCUGCUGAUGCAGGCCAACCGCCAGGUUGCCCAGUCCCUGCGUGGCACACAGGGUCUCGAGAGGUUUCAGUUGCCCCCUGGGUCGGUUAGUGGCAGCGACCGCCCUUCUGCCCAUGCCCUGCUGCUCCCCCGGGCCCCCCCACCGUCCGAGGAAGAGCCCCUGGACCACUCCCCAGCGCCAUCGAGAGACCCUCACAGAGGGGAGGUCACUGCCAGGGGAUACCCCAUGCAGGACUACCCUCUGCCCCUCAUCGUCCAGGGUGGCUACCGCUCUGGCAAGAAGCAGGAGGACAACCUGCUCAUGUCCUACCCGACGGGGCCCCUCGCCUUCGGGCCGCUGGGGAAGAUGGUGCCUACCGGGGAUCUUGCCAAACUGCCGUUCUACCCCGACCCCUACCACCUGCUUUACGGGCCGCAGCUGCUGGCCUACCCCUACAACCUGGCCACCCUGCCCAUGGCUCUGAAUAUGAUGGCCCCCGGGGGGGAGAAGGUGGAGCCGUUGCCCUUCCUCCCUGCCCUCUUCAACUACGCUGCUGCAGCUGGUCCCUACGCUGGCAUGGCGCCACACCACCUAGUGGGUAACCCCAGCCUCUACAACAGCAGCGGCGGCAGCAGCAAGAAACAGCGGGACAACAGCAACGGAAAGUUGUAGAAGGUGUAUAAAGAAACGACAUCUGAGGAAUAUUUCAAAGUGGACGACCAGUCCCUGUAGUGGAGAAGGAAGGGUGCCAUCGGCUCCUUUGUAGUGAGUACACUUGCACAGUCCCCUGCCUCUCUUUUGUAAAGUAGCGAUCAGAGCCAAAGCGUUGAAUCAGGAGGAGGGAUGAUGGGAAGUGGGGGAGUGAAGUAAGAGGGAGGAGAGAAAAAAGACAGAUCCAUCAUUAGAGACGGAUAUCCCCCUCUCCUUUCCUCUGGCUCUCCCAUUCACCUCUGGUUUCUGUUCUCACGUCUUUCAGUAGUAAUAGUUCUAGAGCUUGAUUAAUUGUCCUCUCAAACUUGUUAUGACAAUAUCUAUAAUAUAAGAAUAACAACAGCUAACAGGGUGUGUUUUGCGAAUCAUUUGUUUCGGUCCGCUUCCCAUUCUGUUGACCGCAUAAUAAAUACAGGGGAGGCUUUGUUUUAGGGACAGAAGGGAUCAGCCAAAAAGGACAUAAUUCGACACAGUGGGAGUCGGAGCAUUAAAUUACACUGUGUGAGUGUGUGAUAUGUGUGAUUGCUUUAGUAAACUUGUGCUCCAAGUGUCUGUGAGAGCUUUAUAUGAGCAGGUAACAUGCACAGUAUGUAGGAAUUCUGUUUGUGCAUGCUGAGGUGGGCUUCUGUUUGUUUGGCGUGGAUGUGUGUGUGGAUGUGUGUGUGGAUGUGUGUGUGGAUGUGUGUGUGGCUGUAUGGCUGCCAUCUGAGUGCUGAUCGCUCCAUGGGGUUCUGAGGUGUUAGCAACAUUCUAACACUGGAUGGACUAGGCAUUAUAGGUCAGUGCAUAGAAGCAUUAGAAGGAAUUCCUCUAUUUCCAGUUCACAAAGCAGCAACUCUAGCGAACCUUUUGCCUGGAGUAGAAUCUGUAUUUGCGUCAAUUACCAACCUUGUGAGCUUAUGUUGCCUCCAGUAACCAUAGUGGUCAGAUGACUUUCAGUCCAGGUCACUAACCUAAGACCAUAGUGGCCAGAUGACUUUCAGUCCGGGUCACUAACCUAAGACCAUAGUGGCCAGAUGACUUUCAGUCUGGGUCACUAACCUAAGACCAUAGUGGCCAGAUGACUUUCAGUCCGGGUCACUAACCUAAGACCAUAGUGGCCAGAUGACUUUCAGUCUGGGUCACUAACCUAAGACCAUAGUGGCCAGAUGACUUUCAGUCCGGGUCACUAACCUAAGACCAUAGUGGCCAGAUGACUUUCAGUCCGGAUCACUAACCUAAGACCAUAGUGGCCAGAUGACUUUCAGUCCAGGUCUGCUUCGAGGUUCAUGUUAGUUUUUACCUUGUGCAUAACAGCUGGAAAACAUUCCUAGAAACAGGGGGGGGGGAGACUUGACACUUGUAGCUGUUAUGUACAUGUACUGUAGCUGGCCACUGGGUGACAAUCAUAGGCUAGUGUAGACCAUACACUUCCAGUUCUCCUUGUACUCAUCUCAUUUCUUCCAAGGAUUGAAAAUAAUAAAACAAGAAUCAGUCAACCUUUUUAUUCUUGUGGCCUUUUUCCUCCCCCUGAUGCCCCCUGGUGUCCACCAAAGAGCCACUCCAUUUGCCAGGCCGUGUUGAAGAGAGGGGGAGUGUACAAGGAAAUACAUAGAUGGAAUCAGGGCAGGGCAAUUCCUGUGAUCCUAAGAGAGAGAUUAAAAGAGAAACACAGAGGCCAGGGCGCACCUAGGUCAGUCCCCUCAACGGAGCUUCCUACAUCUUGAUGUAGAAUCAAAAAGACCCCUCCCCCUCUACUGAAAGGAGAUAGAAAAGGACAAGGCGAAUGGAGUCGGAAGACGCAGUAAGAUCACGCCACACUGAGGUCUGCUUGUCUCAGACAGCUUUUUGUGUUCCAAUAGCUCCUCUCCUCCCUCCUUCUGCGCUCUGGGAUAGAGAAGCGAGAGGUGACGUAAUCGUCUCCCACAGAGACGAUUAGCAGCAUCCACUGUGCCGCUCUGAGUUUCCCAGAAUCCUGUGGGACUUUUUCCUGUUCUGAGUCUUUCUCUGUGUGAUUUAUGUGUUACACUACAUUUUUCGAUUUGUUUAACUUUUUCUACCCCCUUUUGCUAGCUAGACAAAAGUGGAUUCAGCAAAAGGGGGUUUGAGUACACUUAUAAAUAUGAAUGUAAUUUUAGUCAAGAGGUUAUUGAAGUACAAAAUGCAUUAAAGGUAGAUGGAUUUCAGUUUUUCUGACUUGAAAAAUAACAUGUGUAAAGAGCCGUUAUGAAGUCUGGUAUGCAUAUAUACUGUACAGUCCUAGGAACGUCAAGAAACGUGGGUUCUGUAUCCACUAAAGCAUGAGCAACACUCGCUUCCUAACAGUUUAUAUCCUCCUAGGUAUCCAAAAUCACUCACUUUCUCUUCUCCAUAACUUUGUUUCUUUUUCCUUCCACAUCCUGUCCUUUUCCCCCAUUAUCUCAGCUCUCAAUCUCGGUUUUGUCUCGGUUGUAUUUGUUCCGGAGUAUAGCCCCUUCAAAAAGAGCAGCUGCCACGUUUAUUUCUCAGAAUCAGUAUGGGAGCUGUCCAAUUAUCCCCCUUCCUCCCCAAACAAACACACACUUUACACCACCUCUUUGAAGUGUGUAAUGGGUAUGUGUGUAUGAUGCCACCGCUGUGCUGUUAGUUUCGGGCAGGAGGACGAAAACACAGCGUGACCAACCGCAGGGGCUUGCGGCCUCCACUUGGGUGUGGUUACAAGCCUUUUGUGCGUCUCGUGUGUGUGUGUGUGUGUGUGUGUGUGUGUGUGUGUGUGUGUGUGUGUGUG